AUGAGAAGAAUCGACGAUAGAUGGACUAAAAGAACGCUAGAGUGGAUCCCAAGAGAUGCUAAACGCCCUCGAGGAAGACCGCCAACGAGAUGGGGUGACGUGUUCGCUACACGGAUGGACCAGCUGAGAGCUCAGCUGGAUACGGCUCAAGGACCUCGUCAACGUCACUCACGAAACUUGAGAAUAUCUUGGAUAACAGUGGCGAGGGAACGAAACAAGUGGAAGAGAUGCUGGGCUCGCACGUCCAGUGAAGACGGGCCAUCUAAGUAUCUAAAAUUAUUACUAUUAUUAUUAUUAUUAUUAUUAUUAUUAUUAUUAUUAUUAUUAUUAUUAUUAUUAUUAUUAUUAUUAUUAUUAUUAUUAUUAUUAUUAUUAUUAUUAUUAUUAUUGUUAUUAUUAUUAUUAUUAUUAUUAUUAUUAUUAUUAUUAUUAUUAUUAUUUACCAUUUUUCACCAAGUUUUAACUACAAGGAUUAGUGCGUUCCCGCUCAAUUUCCCUAAUCGUCUUGAAAACUACGUGCGAGACGUCCUUCCUGCACAAAUCUUCUUAGGAGAUUACAUCGAGAUUUUUGCUUACACUUUGCAUGAUGACAGUGAGGACAGCAGAAGAAAAAGACAACCAGUUCCUACUUUAGUUGUCAAAAUAAAUACAUAA